AUGUUCAGGAGAGUCGCAGCAGCAGUGCCUGCUCAGGCCGGAAGAGUGCUCGCAACCGCCGCCAGGCCCAGCAUCGUUUCGCCCAUUCGCACAGCAGCCCCUGCAGUUUCAGCAGUCGCACUGCUCGAUCACUACAACAAGCCACGCAAUGUUGGUUCCAUGUCUAAGACCGAUACCGACGUCGGUACUGGACUCGUCGGCGCGCCCGCGUGUGGCGAUGUCAUGAAGCUCCAGAUCCGUGUCGACCCUAACAACAACACCAUCAGCGACGUCAAGUUCAAGACCUUCGGCUGCGGUAGCGCGAUCGCUAGCUCAAGUUACCUCACCGAAUUGGUUCGGGGUAUGACACUGGAGGACGCAUCGAGGAUUAAGAACACAGAGAUUGCAAAGGAGCUUUGCCUACCACCUGUAAAGCUGCAUUGCUCCAUGCUUGCUGAAGAUGCCAUCAAAUCCGCAAUCUCCAACUACUACACGAAGAACCCCAACGCACGGCAAACAGACCUCGGCGGCAAGUCUGCGCCGCUGCCAAAGGUUGAGAUCGAGACCGUUUCCUCUGCAACGGCCUAA